AUGUCUUCUUCAGAAUACCUUCAUCCUCUUGACCCGGCUACUGCCGAGGAGAUUCAAACUGCCACAGACCUUGUUAAAGAGCUGUUCUAUGGCAUUCCUCUCCACUUUAAAGCCGCAGGCUUGGAGGAGCCCUCGAAGCAGGACAUGGUCGCUUAUCUCAAGGCAGAGCACCAAGAACAGCCACUUCCAGAGCUUCCUCGACGUAUCUUUGCCAUCUGGUACAUAAAACGUUCUCCUCGUUUGUUUGAAGGCAUCAUCGAUGUUACCAACAAGCGGGUAACCCAUCAUGAGGAGUUGCCACGCGACUUUCAUGGUCCCGUUGAUCGCAUCGAACUCAACGAAGCCGCACAGGUCGUUAUGGCCAAUUCUGAUGUCCAUAAAGAGUUUGAACGCUUGAAGAUUGACAAGGCUAAUGUUGUCCUCGAUCCUUGGGACUAUGGAGUUGAUGGUAUUGAUACACAAGAACGCAUGACACAGGUCUUCAUGUACAUGAAGAACCCCAAGAACAACGAUGUCGACUCUUCGCACUACUCAUUUCCUCUAGAUUUCAUGGUCGUCGUUGAUCUUUGCACCAUGAAAGUCAAGAAGAUUAUCCGAUUGCCUCUUGGUGCUGAUGAGAGCACAACAGAAGGCAUGGAUGACAUUGCACAUCGCGAAACUGAUCCCGUCGAGCCUGAGUAUGACCAUCGCCUGCAAAAGAACCCCCCUAGAACUUCCUUGAAGCCAUACAAUGUCAUACAGCCCGAGGGUGCAUCCUUCACUGUCAAAGGCCACCUCAUUGAAUGGGAGAAGUGGCGUUUCCGUGUUGGUUUCAACUGGCGUGAAGGUUUGACGCUCCAUGACCUUCAUUUCAUGGGUCGCAGCACCUUUUACCGGCUUUCUCUGUCUGAAAUGUUUGUUCCCUACGGAGAUCCCCGUAGUCCAAUCUACCGCAAGGGUGCCUUUGACCUGGGCAAUGUUGGCGCAGGCGUGACGGCGAACAACCUCCAGCUUGGAUGUGAUUGUCUAGGAACAAUCAAAUACCUCAGCGGCUGUGUUGUGUCGGCUGAUGGUAGCCCGGCACCUCGACCCAACGCGAUUUGCAUUCACGAGAUCGACAACGGCAUCCAGUGGAAGCACACCAACCAUCGUACCGGCAAAGCGACCGUUGUGCGCAAGAGGCAGCUGGUACUUCAGCAAAUCAUUACUGUUGCCAACUACGAGUACAUCUUUGCUUGGAUCUUCGAUCAAUCGGGCGAGAUCUCUUUCGAGACCAGAGCAACUGGUAUCCUUUCCACGCAGCCCAUCGACAAAGACUCCAAGGUUCCUUGGGGCACACGUGUCGCCGACGGUGUGAUGGCUCCAUACCAUCAGCACAUCUUCAACGUGCGCAUCGACCCCGCCAUCGACGGACACGAUAAUACCUUGACAUAUGCUGACUCGGUUCAAAUGCCCUGGGACACGAAGCUCAACCCUCUAGGCACCGGCUAUGUCAGCAAGGAGACACAAAUCAUCCGCGCGGGUCCGGUCGAAGACAGUGUCAAGGACGGUCGCGUCUUCAAAAUCAUUAACGAGAACGGCGAGAACCCCGUUUCUCUAACACCAGUCGGCUACAAGCUCGUCCCCAUUCGCUCACAACUGCUCCUUGCUCAGCCCGGAUCAUGGCACUGGCGCCGCUCCGAGUUCUGCGAGGCUCCCAUUUGGGUGACCAAGUACAAGGACCGCCAGCUGUUCGCCGCAGGCGACUAUACCAACCAAGGUCUCGGUGGGACAGGCAUCAAGUCCUGGACGAAGGAGCGGGACUACAUCGCUAAUGACGACAUUGUCAUCUGGCACACAUUCGGCUUCACUCACAACCCACGUGUCGAGGACUUCCCCAUCAUGCCGGCGGAGAUUGCGCAAUUCCACCUCAAGCCUUACAACUUCUGCCAGUACAACCCCACCAAUGACGUGCCCCCUUCCAGCCAGGCCUUCAACAAGAGCACGCUCUACGAGGACGCGGGAAAGGCUACUGAAGGCAGCUCUUGCUGUGGCACAGCUACUCCCGCUGACUCGGGGUCGACCAACGGGGGAUCUGAUAGCCCAUUUGUUGAUGUCUCUUUGCCGACGCACACGAAAGCAUGA